AUGAAUGGAAGCAAGACGCCAGACCAGCUCUCCUACAGCAUGCGCUUCCGCAGCCAGAGGCACGUGAUCCACAUGAAGCUCAAGAAGAACUUGCUGCCCGAACACUUCCCUGUUCCUACCAACAAUGACCAAGGGGCCAUGCAGGAGGACUACCCCUUUGUCCCUCAAGACUGUUACUACUACAGCUACCUGGAGGGGGUUCCUGGCUCUGCAGCCACGCUGGACACCUGCUCUGGAGGUCUGUGUGGCAUGCUGCAGGUGGAUGACUUUACUUAUGAAAUCAAGCCACUAGAGUCUUCUUCCAAAUUUGAGCAUGUAGUUGCUCAGCUUGUGUCAGAGGAAGAAGAAAAGUGUGACUUUCAGGAGGAUGAGGCCACCUCACAGACAGUCCAAGAGCUGCCCCUAUUUGUGGUGGAAAAAAAGAGCCACUGUGCACAUGGUUUUAAACGACCAGAUUGUGCAGAGAGAGGAACAGGCGGCAGUGUGGACCGUGGUCCUCCACCUGACAGAAUAGAAGGUUUUCCAGCCCCAAAAAUGUUUGCCAUAAAAUGA